AUGGCUGGGACUUCCACGACAGCCCCAUCGGCAUGGCGAAUCCCGAAGGCAUGCCAGGAAUGCCGCAAGCGUAAAAUCCGCUGCAACGGCCUCAGUCCCUGCAAAACGUGUCAAUUGCGUAGCACUCCGUGUGUCUAUCGCGAUUUCAUUCGGCAACGCAGAAAGAGGAAUGAUGACAAGGCAUCCCAGCAGCGUCUUGACUCCGGGGAAAGAGAGCCACGUUCACGUCCUGCCUCGCCCAGCUUGCCCCAGUCUGGGCGAAACGCGUCCCUCAUGCACGAUUUCCCCAACAGUGUGUCCGCAACACACAUGGCAUCGCCUUCCUGCCAGAUGCAGCUGUACUAUGGCCCAACAUCGCACUUUUCCUUGAUGCAGCAUAUCUAUCGAGACCUGAUCUCUAAUCACCCUGCCCAGCUUCAAGCUCCCUCCGGCCAGGUCGAGGAAGCCGGAGCCGGCCUGGACCUCUUCAGUUUCCGCCGUAUAUUCUUCGGCACCCCGGAUACUCAUGAGGCGGGGAAGGGACUCAAUGCUGGGGAGGUUUCCUUGACCUUUCUCCCAUAUGAGCUAGCCAAGUUAUUUCUCUCCCGUUAUUUGUCAACACUCUACCACCUCACGCCAUAUCGUCCCAAGAAUGACUUCGAGCUUGCCUUGGAUCAACUCUACAACCCUUCCCCCUCCAUUCGUCCAGACACGCUCACCCAGGCUAUUUUCUUGCUCGCUCUGGCAUGUGGAUCUCUUGGCACACAGUACUUUACUUGGGGAGACAUACUCUUUGAACAAGUAAAAGCUUCAGUGGCCGCGUUCGAUGAUGUAGUCAACCAUCAGACGGUCCAAAUAUCAUUACUAAUGAUAAGUUCUGCCUAUGUUAACAGCGAACAAGGGCGCCCAAAUUCGACCUUUUUGCAUCUCGGGUGUGCUGCUCGCAAGGCCCUAUCAGCUGGCCUGCAUAAGGAUGCACGCUAUGAUGACACACAGAGCCAGGAAAGUAUAGAUGAGAGACGAACGACCUUGUGGUCUCUCUAUUUCUUUGAGACAUGGUUUUGUUUUUCUCUCGGCCGACCAACAUCUAUGUCUGUGAGAGACAUUGCGACAGAGUGUACGCAGGACCCUUUCAUCCGGCUACUGGUGCAUCUUUCUCAAACGAUUUCCAAAUCGGCCGACCAAAUCUAUGGGCAGCGGCACGAAUCUCUGCUGCACAUGUGGAAGGUUGCUCGGUCGAUUGCGGAAGACCUGCGUAGCCACGAGAGGCAGCUAGAGCAAACUCUAGGGUUUGGAUUAUGCGCUGCCAUACAAACAGGAUCUCUUGGAGUCCGGCAAACAAUUUUCACGACUUGUGAGUCCAUUCUAGCUCUGCUUCAGAGGACAAUACUGAGGACCUAUAGUAUACUACCAUAUUCUUCUCUUAACAUUUCGCCCUUUUCUCAUUUUUCGUGGACGCUGGCAGCGGGAUAUGAAAAUGUCGCGGCAUCAGUCCACGAAUAG